AGAUGUUUCCUUCUUCAAUAAAUGAGGCAAAACAACAGGAGAAGAGCAGAGUGCAGGACGGACGAAAAGCGUCGCAACAGAUCGCGUUGGUGCUUUUGUCUUUUUAGGUUGCAACAUAUUGGGAGCUUGAGAAGAACUUGUGAAUGGGGAAAGCAAUUCAAACUCUGAAGAGUCCUCAACACCUGUAUAGGACGGUAUCACGUUUAGACCGACGCUGUUGUACCAAUGUAAGUUGCUGAGCCCUUUGGACAAGUGUCGCAAUGACAUGGCCCGAAUGCAGGAGACGAGUUAUCAAGAGCUUUGACGAGGAAAUUCGGCGGUAAGCUUCACGGUGCCACGUUAUGCAUGUGGACUGUUCUCCGAUGAGGCAUCGCACUGCGUGCAUCUCGUCUGUAGACACUGAGAUCGACUUGGGAACAGCCUGACAGCAAGGAAAAAUGCAAGCCGCGAAGAACAUGGCCGGGAUGAUAAAACACAAAGUGGAAGAUGCUGCAGCCACCGCUGAAGAAAAGGCUGACAUUGCUAAAGCCGAGGCUGAAGAAAAGGUUGAGAAACUGAAGUCACACGAUGACGCAAGCAAAAUAGAAGCUACCAAGAAGAAGAAUGAGAAAAAAAGGGUUGCUGAGGAAACCAAAGAGAAAAAAAUUGAAGAACAUAACUCAGAACAUGGUGGCGUUGGGAUGGACAACAAGAAAGGUCCGAUUGGUGACUGUCCAACACCUGCAGAUUUAGACAUGGCCGUAGAUAACCCCUCUCUGCCUGCGAUGAACUCUGGAAUGAACUCUACUGUAAUUCCACAAAGUAUUACUAGCAAUGCUGGACCUCUUACAGGCCAGCACUUAAUACGUAAGUAGUUGAUUCAAGUUACAUUAAAUUGUUAUUUUGUAUAUCUUUACAAUGUAAGUAUAUAUGCGG